ACAUCUCGUCAACCUGGCACCGAAGGUCUGGAGGAAGACCGCGGAACUUCUGGCUUUCGAAUAAGAAGUUCAUUGGUUUCAUCUUUCCUGUCCAAGCUCCAUCGUAGCGAGGCGAAAUGACGCGGCACGCGAAGAAUUGCACUGCCGGUAGCGUGUACACAUACCAUGAAAAGAAGAAGGACAUGAAAAUGGGGGGUUAUGGAACUCAAGCGGAGCGACUCGGGAAAGACGCUCAGCGAGAAUUCGACUGUUGUUGCCUCAGUCUCCAGCCUUGCCGUGACCCUGUCAUCACGCCGGAGGGUUACAUCUACGAUCGGGAAGCUGUUCUCGAAUUCAUCGUGAAACAAAAGAUAGCUAUCGCAAAAAAGCAGAAGGAAUACGAAAAGCAGAAAAAUCAGAAGGCAGAGCCUGAGCCACCCAGCGCAAAGCAACCACCGAAACCCAAGAGUUCAGAGCUGAAAAGCGACGCUCUGCCCUCAUUCUGGGUUCCGAGCCUCACACCCCAGGCUUCGAGCAGCGGCUCGGGUGUUAGCUCAAAGCCUCCGGACACAGAAGUCCGUUGUCCCAUGAGCGGACAACCCUUGAGAUCGAAGAAACUGUAUCCUGUGAAAUGGACCUUGGUCCCAGAUGACGGAUCCGGCAAGUCAUUGAUAGCGAAGAAGGCUCGCUACAUGUGCGCUGUAUCGCAUGACAUUUUGGGCAACUCCGUUCCCUGUGUUUUCCUCAAAACAUCAGGACACGUCGUCACCGAGGAGUGUUUCGAAAAAGUCAUCAAAAAAGACUGGCUAGACCCCACGAAUGGAGCGAAGUUAAAAGAGAAAGACGUCAUCCGAUUGCAGAGAGGCGGAACUGGUUUCGCUUCGACAAACGAGAAAUUGACAGCCGCCAUUCAAAAACCCGUGAUGCAGGCAUAGGGUGCGCUGAAGUCUGCAAAUCCUCAGUUUGUUUUUCGUCCUCCGCGACUCGGUAUGUACAUACAAACUGUCGUUGAAUACCACCCAUGUACAAUAAUAGGUUGUCCCAGCCUGAGGUGGGGCUUGAGCGACUCGCUCUCUACGCAUUGGAACUCCGAUGAGAACGAGAGAGUACUUGUUGUAGAAUCAGUUUUUAUUGAUUCAGUCUGAGAGGCUCAAGAAUAGAGACGAGAUUGGGAAUCAAUAAAGGUUAAUCUA